AUGCACCUUGGUGUGGACAUUAACUUGGCACCAACAUGGGAGGAGCUUGCCCAGAGCUUAGAUGAAUCCCUCGGAGUGUCAGUAGGCAAAAUCGACUGCACACUUCACAAGGGUGUUUGCAACGAAUUCGAGGUGAAAGGCUACCCUACCAUGCUUUGGAUUGAGGACGGAAAAAAGAUUGAGAAGUACCAAGGUGCAAGGUCCUUGAAUGAUUUGAAGGAUUAUGUCUUGAGAAAAUCCUCGUCUGAUAACAAAGGCCAGACAGCGGCGCCUGUAGUCAGUGAAUCAUCUCCAGUCCUCAGCUUGACUGGCAGCAGCUUUGAUUCCAGUAUUGAUACAGGCGUGACCUUUGUCAAAUUCUAUGCCCCGUGGUGUGGACAUUGCAAGCGAAUGGCUACUACCUGGGAGGACUUGGCUCAAAAAUUCAAGGAGAAUCCUAGCGUGCAAAUCGCAAAGGUUGAUUGCACAUUGGAAGAAAACAAGGAGCUCUGCAGUGCACAAGAGGUCAAUGGAUUUCCAACUGUGUUCAUCUACAGAGACGGAGAGAAAAUUACGGAGUAUAAUGGCUCCAGGUCUCUAGAUGAUCUCUAUCAAUUUGUCUUAAAACACUCUGAAGCAAAGGACAAAGACGAACUUUAA